AUGUCCUACAGCGCAUCACAGUUCGAGGGCAUCACUGACGCGAUAUAUCGCAGCAACGGCAAGAAAAUCCCAAAGGAUCAGGAGGAGCUAUUGGCCAAGGACGGAUCAUGGAUUCACCAACUAAGAAAAAGGACUCAUGGCGCGGUCAAUGUACCUAACCACGUGCUCCAAACCGUAACGGCAGCGCACGAAGUGCUUGUCAGGCAGACGGCCAGCAACACAGUACCACCUGCCAAGAAUUCAAGUCUGGAGGUGGUAAAAUCCUUGCAGACCUGCAGUACACAUGCCUCUUCUCCAGUUGCUUCUUCUCCAGCAGCUUCUUCUCCAGCAGCUUCUUCUCCAGCAGCUUCUUCUCCAGCCGCUUCUUCUCCAGAACGCCUUGUUUCUCAAUGGUCGGCGUCGCCACCUGACCAUCACCCGAGACACGAUGACAUGCCUGAGUCAUCACUCAUCGAAGAAACACCCCAUCCACAGCACCUUCGAGCAGCAUUUCGCAGGACUCCAUUAGAGCCGAAGAGGCCCCCCGAUCCGGUGCCAAAGUCAAGCCUGGAAGAGGAGGAGGAAAUGGACGUGCAGGUGCCGUACGCUGAGAAUGACCAAGACGAGGACAUGACUCAAGAUCGCUACCAGUACCCUUACCAACGUCCCAGUCAACGGAUUCAAAACAAAAUUGCGCAAAUGACAAACACGCCACCGUGUGCACAGCCAGAUCCUGGCAUCGUUCCAGCAACUGUCAAUGCGGAGGUAGCGAAAAGGCCGGGAGAAGUUAAAAGACAGCGGCCAGUCAAAAGAUUCAAGCCCAUACAACUCGACGAUGGUCCAAUCAAUCCCAGGGGAGACGGUAUGACUAUAAGAGGUAGUCGUAUGCAAUCGUUGAAACACCUCCAGGUCACAGAGACACAAGAUACGGUUGCGUCUAGCUCUGUUGUGGCCGCGACCCUAACGCAGACGCAAACUCAAAAUGCGGCAAAUACAACUAAAGAGACGAACUCGGAUGUGUUUGAAGAGGAAGAGGCGCAACCGUUCUCUCGGCAACUUCUGGGCGUGGUCGCAAGAUCACAAAUUUCGGAUGACAAGGCGAGCAGGAGGAAUUCUCAGAAUUAUACAUCGACACCUCUCGCUGAGUUCACCGCCGCCUACCCAGACUAUUGGGAGUUGUAUAAAGGAACACAGCUGAACUUUGUUAGAGCCUGUAUGUGUCUUGAAUGGCUACGAGGCGAGCGUGCUCUACGAGACUACCUAUACGACGACUUCAUUCGUCUAUUCUCAUACAAAUUUCUGGACUACGUUAAUAACGCAGGACCAGGCCAGGAGCCACUGCCAGCCAUUGAAUGGUACAAUAUUCAAAGUGGCGAGCCACUGUAUGAUCGACAUGUCAUCAAAAAUGAUAGCCUCGAUCGUGUGUUGGCAUUUUAUAAGGAGGAGGUUGUCUUGAUUCGGAAUCUCACGACGCAACAGGAAGAAGAGGAGCAGGAGCAGCAGGGGCAAAAUGAAACGACAGAGUCUGUGGUUUCGUCAAGAUCGACAAAGCCGGAGCUAGCAUCGCCCACGCCACCGCCAGAAGAAGUACGGGAUUUGAAGAGAGUGGAUUCGCGGAAAACAGAAAUUGCAGACAGCGUCGUGGUGAAGAAGAGGGAACUACCUUUGGGCAAGUCCAAGCAUGAACGGUCCAUUGCACAGUCUGCUUCUCCCAGUAUCAGCCUCGGUGAGAGAAGAAUCACUCCAGCACCGACAUCAGCGUUGUCUGUGGCAGACUCGGCCCCCAGUCCACGCGAAGCAUCACCGCAACUAGGCAGCAGGAUAUUUCCAGUCGCUCCGCCGUCCUCAAUGAGAUCCAACGCGCCUCGGCUUGCGACGAGGCAGGCGUCUACAGGCGAGGACGCGGCGCAGAAGAGGAAGGACAGGAUGCAGGCAGCCAUGCGGAAGAGGGCCUCGAACGGCGCUCGUAGCUUGAGCAGCAGAGCAGGGUCUGCAGUGUAG